UCCGAAUCUAACAACACACGUCAGAUUGGCGCGGAAUAAAUGUCAACGCUCUCCUUUUUCUCUCUCUCUCUAAGCCUUCCUUUCUCCAUCAAUUUGUCACGCCACCGAUAUUCAUAUAUAAUAAUCCCUCGUGACCCAUUUUCUGCCAUAUUCAGUUAUUCACAAUCCCAGACAGAGACCCAGACCAACCGGAACGAGAAUGAAACUUGUUUGGUCCCCAGAGAAGGCAUCCAAGGCAUACAUCGAGACAGUGAAAUCAUGCCGAAUUUUCCAGGAAUCGGGGGUGGCGGAGCUGGUGUCGGCGAUGGCGGCGGGGUGGAACGCGCAGCUGAUCGUGGAGACUUGGUCGGAGGGGGGAAUGAUAGCGACGAGCGUAGGGUUGGCCGUGGCCAAGAGUCACACGUGCGGGAGGCACGUGUGCGUGGUGCCGGAUGAGAGGUCGAGAUCGGAAUACGCGGAGCGGAUGGGAGAGGCGGGGAUGUGGCCGGAGAUCGUGGUGGGGGAUGCGGAGGAGGUGAUGGAGGGUUUGGCGGGGAUAGACUUUAUGGUGGUGGACUCCAGGCGCUCCAACUUCUCCAGGGUACUGAAGGUGGCUAAGCUGAGCAACAAAGGCGCAGUGCUGAUAUGCAAGAACGCGUGCCACACGAGCAAUAGCUCUAUUCCUUCUGCUGGUUUUCGAUGGCGCAGUGUUCUGGAAGAAGGGUCGCGUCGUCUUGUACGUUCCGUGUUUCUUCCUGUGGGGAAGGGACUUGACAUAGCACACGUGUCCGCCAUUGGAAGUUCUGGUGCUACAAAGAAAUGGAUUAAACAUGUUGACCAACUGUCAGGGGAGAUGCACGUUAUUAGACGAUGAAUUCGCCUCCCUCUGCUCAUCUUCUUAUUAGUUUUGCCUGCUCUUACCGUUAGGAUACAAACUACCACAAAAAACCUUAGCAUAGGUCUCUAGAUACCUACUCUUCUCUUUUUCUGUGAUAAUAUGAAAAGGGCCUGUUCCCAGUAUUCAAUUUUGCUUUUUCUUUUGUAAAUAUACUCACACAUACAUGCAUACACCACCAAAUUAUGUGUUCUUUUAUUUUAUAUUUCAUUAUGUAACACGUUACUUUCAUA